AUGAACACCAUCGAUGCAACAGAGCACUACUCAACCAGUGCCCACGACCGGCCCCCCUCCCUCCUAACCGUCAUCAUCGACACCAACCCGCACGCCUGGGCCCAACUAAGCAACCAAUCCGCCCUCCCGCUCUCGACCGCCGUAGCUAACAUCCUCGUCUUCCUGAACGCCCACCUCGCCUGCAACUACGCCAACGAAGUGGCCGUGGUCGCCUCACACACCCAAAAGGCAACAUGGCUAUAUCCGGUUGCCUCCUCUUCCGCACCACAAACCCAAGCACAACCUGCAGACACCGACGGCGACACGCCCAUGCAUCCCGAAAACCACAACCGACCGCCACCAACCACCGAAAUGAACAAAUACCGUCCCUUCCGCAUCGUCGAGGAACAGGUCACCCAGAACCUGCACAGGUUACUCGCCGGUACGACGCCCGAAGACCUCAGCGCAACAACCUCCACCCUGAUGGCCGGGGCACUCACGCUGGCGCUGAGCCACAUCAACCGCCGGACAAUCGCGUGGGCCGAGGCGCACGGCGGGGAGACGGAUCCCAACGCCAGCGGCAGUAGCAACACUACCACCACCAACGCAACCGGUGGCGCAGCGUCGGGUCCGAAGGCCAGCACGGAAGCCGGGCUGCAGUCGCGCAUCCUCAUCCUCAGCGUCAGCAGCGCCACCGGCGCCGCGCACCAGUACAUCCCCAUCAUGAACGCCAUCUUCGCCUGCCAGCGCCUGCAGAUCCCCAUCGACGUGUGCAAGCUCGCUGGCGACGCCGUGUUUCUGCAGCAGGCCGCCGACGCCACCAAGGGCGUGUACAUGGCCCUCGCCGAGCCCCGGGGUCUGCUGCAGUACCUGAUGAUGGCGUUCCUGCCGGACCAGCGCUCCCGCCGCCAUCUCAUCCUCCCCACGCGCGUCGACGUGGAUUUCCGCGCCGCCUGCUUCUGUCACCGCCGCGUCGUGGAUAUCGGGUUUGUCUGCUCCAUCUGUCUGAGUAUCUUCUGCGAGCCGCUCGAGAAAGGCGAGUGCUUGACUUGUGGGUCCGUGUUGGAGAUGGGCGACUACGGGGCCAAGCCGGCCGUGGUAGCCCGGAAGAAGAAAAAGAAGAAGGCUCGUGGGCCGGGCAAUGGGGCCUCGGCGACACCUACACCAACACCGACACCUGGUCCGUGA